GAUUUGCUUUGCAUCGUUUUUAUCUGCAAGGUUUUGAAUCACAUUUGUAGUGUCGAAUAUCGCCGUGCUUAUGGACUUGUCGGUCGUGAGGACGGUACCAUGUUGUGCAUUUUGUGUCCAUCCGUUCGUGCGGGGGCAGAAAUCUACUGGAGAAUGUAGCGAUUUCUAGUGCAAAACUCGCACUUUCCCGGACCCUUUUUUACCCUUGUACCAAAUUUCUGCGCGCAAAAAAGGAGCAGUUGUACUUCGGUUGUCGGAUGAACGAGAAAUUAUUGCGAUUAUAUAAUUUACUGUGUGCUCGCAUCGUCCUUCCAGUGCUUUCCUCGCAGUCGUUUAUAACCGUCCACCGAAACACGUAAUCUUAUCGUUUCGAGUCCCCGUGAGUCUCUCAAACUAUCGUAUGAAUCGGGUGCAUCAGCUGUGCUACUUCGACGCGGCACGAUGGAACAAUUUUCACACGAUCUGACUCUGGCGCUCGAGGAAACAUCCCGUACCAACUCCAGCAAGGUUCGAUGGGGUGUACGGCGGCGAACCCGAUCCACAGGAAAUCUUCCCUGUGCUCCCCAGCCUACCGAGGAUAGUUCAAGCAGCCCAACGGAUCCACCGGUCCACAAUGUGGUGAUGAACCAGGCCGACUCGCCCUGUCUCAGUGGCAGCAACAAUCUCAUCCAGAGUGACUCAGAUGAUCGACAUUCCGUGGCGUUCGCGUUCAAGCUACGCCAAACACCACUCGGGGGAAAUUUCGAGUCGGAUUCGCUAAAUGAAAACUUCAGUCCUGCCAGACCCAACAUGCGACGAAAGCGAAAGUAUAAACGUAUGGCCGUCGAGUACGAAACCACACCUUCAACGCCGCACAUCAGUGGAAGCGGCAGUGCCAUUUUUCCCGUAGCUGGAACGGUGAAGAAGCGCGUCUUCAAGCAUUCAGCAUGCCCAGACAGCUUUCGGAGUACCAUGUUUUUCUGUGGUAAACGUAAACGAGGACAGCGAGACCGUGGUGGCUUGGAUUACGAUUUUUGCAAGCAACAUUCCAGUAGUGUACCGCGCCAGCGGGAAUUCUUCGGCCCGAAAGUGGCUUCCUACAGUGAGUACAAGAGUCGCAACCGGGCGGCCUCCUUUUCCGCUAGCAUGAUGAAGUGCGAACGCAUCCUGCCGCUGAACAAGACCGUCGUUUCGAAAAUCGAACGCAUAUCGGCCGACCGCGAUCGAGAACGAUUGGCCCUGUUGGAGGUUUCGCGUUCAGCCGGACCAAUCCCUUCACUUCCGGUAGCCGUACCGGGGGCUGGAGAGUUCAAUUUCUCCAUUCCUUUGCAACUCCGACCGGGAGAGACACCGGGAAAUACCCUUCCGUCGGGAUCGAUGUUGCUUGGUGGUGGGUCGCCAGUUGUUGGUCCUCUCGGAAUCCGGGGUCAGUCGUCGGGUGAAACUCAUCAAGACAAUGUGGGCCUACAGCAGUUUCUGCCGUUGGGUGGGAAUGGAAGCAGUAUCACAAACAUAGCAUUAAAUCAACCAAUGACGUCUGCAGCGACAGGAGCAGCACCCCAGUUACCUGAAGGCCGUAUAAACCCCCUUCAGCAGCUUGCAGCAUCUGCUGCAUCGUUGGCGACGAUCGGAAGACCAACACCGAGUGGACUAGGGCCAACGCCGGCGAUACCGAUGGCUCGGCAAACAUCGUCCGAUCUUCUUAAGCCAUUGGUCAUGCAGCCUUUCGGUCGAGCAGGUCUGGAUGGCCAGCUGCCGUUUCAUCCGGCACUCAGGCCCUUGAUGGCGCUUGCCACAACUUCUGCCGAACCGAUGCCAUCGAAAGCAACAGGAAGUGCUUACCCGAAGGAAAAGCAUCGACAUCGUAAGUCGAAGUACAUUCGCAAGAAGCAAAUGCUUAUGAUGUCGUGCCCGGAAGGGCAGAGUCAGCUGAUGGACUGCGGUGGGCAAGUGAACGACUUCCUUAGCUCCAGUUCACUCAGCUCAAGUGACUCGGAGGCGGUUCUGGCGAACGAAACCGAUCACGAGGGUGACGACGAACUAACGGAUUGGCCUGGAAACGAGGCCAUGAUCACGUUCGCCUCAAAGCAUGACUUUCGCAAGGCGUACCACGGCACCCGGUCGACGGUGGGUGCUACGUCCUCUUCUACGCUCGGACGGCCAGUGCUACCCUUGAUUAUUGGACAGGACGACCAGGAUCUUCCGGACGACGAUACGCUCAUGUCGUCCGAUGAGUUGCUACCGACGAAUACCUCCACGACGAUCCCUCCAACGAUGGCCGGUGGCGUUCCGUUGGGUAUAUCGACGGUAAACCAACGACCGCUCCAGGAGGCCCCCGCGAUGACGGGUGAUCAUAGCAUUUUCAAUACACUCGACCCGAGUCUGUCGGUCGCGCCCGAAAUUCCCGGCAUGCCACAUUCGGCCCCCUUUCUAGUCAACAACGUUGGACCGGGGAUGCCGCUAGCCAAUGAGAUCCGCGAGAUACGCGCCGGUUGUCGAAGGAUUCGUGAGGAACGACCCGGAUUUUCCAUCAUCUCGAGCGUCAACGAACUACUGUCGCGAUUCCUUCAGGACGACCAGCAACGUGAACUCACACUACACGAUGUCGAUGAGGCCGAGCAUGAUAAACUGCAAGAUCUGUGCAAGUUAUACUCGUUAAACGCACAACAGAUCGGAGACAGUGGUGGCGUAUUGGUGUUGAGCAAAACCAGCAAUACGAUGCAAUCGGUCCGAAUCGAUCAGUCUAACCUGCCGAAACGAUUGGGUGACUUCAAACGGCGCUGCUACGGUACCGCGGAUACGCUGCAAUUCCACGAUGGCACUGCAAGCUAAAUUUUCUAUCCGAUCAUAUCCUCACAAUCGCUCUGGGGGAUGAUGUUUGUUUUCCACUUAUGAGUUUUAUAUUUGUUAUUUUUUUUUUAUCAAUUGUGUUUUUUUGUUUUCACUUUGUUUAGCUAGUAGGCCUUAAGUUGAGCCAUGUUUCUAUCAUUUUUGAUCGAUAGUGGAUCGAAAGUGGGUCGGCAGUUUAGACGAUCGACGAAUGUAAAAUGUUUUUAAAAAUAAUAAGGUUAAAACUUGGGUCAUAUUGCGCCCGAAAAUAAGGUCACAUAAUACAUGUUUUCGUACACGACCCGACGCGGUUGAAUGAAUACCUACGGACGGUGUAUUUGAUCGUUCGGGACAUCAAACAAAGUAGCCUAAUUUCAGUGCCGGUUGCCUUCCAUUCUCGUACUUAUUUAAUGCGAGAUGGGGCAAGUGAGGGAAUUUUGAAGAUAAGACGCCAAGAUGUACAGUUUAUGUAUUUCUGAUUAGUUUUAAGCAAAAUCUACUAAAACUCAGACACACCUACACACACACAUCAAGUAGGUAUUAGGGGAGAUGAGAUGAUAUUAUAAAUUUGAUUUCUGCCCACAAUUCUGCUGCUCUUGCCUAGUGAAAGACAUCCGCUUCUGCACGUUAUGGAAUAGCAUUUGUUAACGAACGAUAUUCUUAUAAUAUUCCUGGUAGUGCCGGGCAGGGCAGCGAGGAAACCGAGAAAGGUAUGUGGGCACAAGAAUGCAAUGUUUUCUAAAGCAACAAGACAAAGG